CGGGAAAUUCCUGAACUUCAAAAUCAAAACAAACCAUCAAAAAAAAACAUGAGAAGAUAGACCGUAAAUCAUGUCCGGAUUGUCCACGUUGAAGGCCAGACUCAAGGCCGGAAUUGCCCACGCUCAAUCCCUCAAUCCAGAUCCACCCGCGCGGAGUGAAGAUGAAGAGUUCCAAGAGAUCUACUGCCGCAUGAAAGGGAUAUCCUUGAAUUCUCCCGGUCCCGCCGCUCCUGCCGUACCCGUAUUCUUUCACUCCGUUCCGUCCGAAGACGACGCUCUUCGACUCAAGUUAAGAGAGGAAGCGCGCGCCGAGUUUCUGCAACGUCGCUCGAAAUCGUUGCUCGAUAAUGAGGAGCUCAAGGGUCUCUGGACACUUUUGGAUGCUAAUGCCACGCCCACUCCCAAGGAACUACCCGGUCCGGUCUCGAUGGCCACCGGGAGCGGUGUGGUAGAAUCUGAGCAAAUGAUUGGCUACGAGGCUUUUCAAAAAGUGGCCAAGUUGGCCGGUCCCAAAUGUCAGCCGUUUUUUUCUCCUGUGGUGUUUGCCAAAUUGCUCCACCAAGACCCGCAUGGCCGCAUUUCAGUCAUGGCCUUUUUUAACUAUGUCAUGCGAAAGGUGUGGCUACAUCAGACUCGGAUUGGAUUGUCAUUGUACGAUGUGACAGGACAAGGCUUCUUACGGGAGCAAGAUUUGGAAAACUACAUCGCCGAAUUGAUACCCACACUGCCGCAAUUGGACGGAUUGGAAAAGAGCUUCCACAACUUUUACACGUGUACGGCCGUGCGAAAGUUCUUUUUCUUCCUGGACCCGCUCAGAACCGGACGAAUUCGUAUCCAGGACAUCCUGGCUUGUAGCUUCUUGGACGAGCUGCUGGAGCUCCGAGACCAAGAUCUGGCCAAAGAUGUCCAAGAAUCCAAUUGGUUUUCGGCUCCCUCCUCGUUACGGGUCUACGGCAUCUAUUUGAAUCUGGAUCAGGAUCACAACGGGAUGCUCUCCCGAAGCGAGUUGCUCAAAUAUGGCACCGGCACUUUGACCCCGGUUUUUAUCGAGCGUGUUUUCCAAGAGUGUCUCACUUACGAGGGUGAGAUGGACUACAAGACCUAUUUGGACUUUGUGCUGGCCUUGGAGAAUCGAAAAGAGCCCCAAUCACUGCAGUACUUCUUUCGAAUCCUGGAUGUUCGACAUGCAGGCUUCAUCACUGCGUUUAACUUGAACUUCUUCUUUCGCGACAUCUUGCAAGAAAUGGAAAAGCACAACCAGGAACUCGUUCAGUUUGAGGAUGUCAAGGAUGAAAUCUUCGAUAUGGUUCGACCCAAGGACCCGUUCAAAAUCACACAUCAAGAUCUUGUUCAAUGCGGCAACGGGGACACGGUCAUCAGUAUUCUCAUCGAUUUGAAUGGCUUCUGGACUUACGAAAAUCGCGAAGUUCUCGUGACGGACACACCGGAUGAAUCAUCGGCCGAGGUUUGAUUUCAUCUAUUUCUGUCUUUCCGGUUCGAAAUUUUGUGGAUGGAUGUCUUUUAACUUGUCGUGUCAGUUUAAUGCGUUCAUAUCCAAUCAUAUACCAAGCCACCAACCUUAUGGGUUUCAGAGGACAUUAGGGGUCGCGGUGCCUUUAAUGAUAUGGGCAUGAGUUUGAUAUUAUAAAGAAACUCAUUCAAGACUCUAGUAUCGUUUUGACAUUUGACUCACUUUCCAGACGCCUAAAUGUUUUAAUCAUAUUUUGUUCAAAAUAUAUUUGAUCUUUCAAAAAGUCAA